UGUCAUAUGGGAGUCUGGUUGUGAACUUUGAACUCUAUACGACGGUUAUGAAAAUGUUUGUAUUUCCUUGUUUUACACAAUCGUCUAGAUUAUUGUAAAAUGUACAAAAAUAUGGAGGUUUACAACCUGCUGUUGAUUUUAUUGUGUUUGGCGUCAUGCUAUGUCGCACCCCGAAUCACGGAAUUGAGGUAUCGGCACGGUGUUGGAAACCAGUACAUGCAAAUUGGCAGUAAUGCAGUCAGUUACACAGAAGGCUCUAGCUUGGAACUCCGUGUUGAUGUUGACAGCAGCCCACAUGCUUACGUCGUCCUAUUACGAAACCAGACAACGCUCGCAGUCGGCGUCCCUGUCAGUACUGGAAUAUAUGACAUCAAUUUAAACAACCUCCAGUGCAACCAUACGGAUAGGUAUGACGUCAGGGCGACCAGGUUCGUUACUCGGAAUAGAAGUCCCGCCAACGCCUCGAUAAUGCAGUUUGGACUUCAAGUCAGUUGCACCCCACGAAGAUAUAAUUCUACAAAUAACAUUAUAAAAGUGACCGGGGAAAUGGGUCAGUUGGUUGUACUCAAAGUAACUGUGAUCGCUAACCCAAAGCCCAUGACUAUAUGGUCUGACGGAGUAAGCGCACUUGUAAUCCUACAAAACAGCGAUUGUACGUAUACUAUCAGGGGGUUGAUCAGGAUCACGACGCAAUCUGAUUUCCAGAUGUACUACCUGAAUAUCACGAAUACUUUACCGAACGUAUUAACUGUCCGCUUCCAGGUCGGCCCUGCAGUCGCACCCCGAAUCACGGAACUGAGGUAUCGGGACGGUGUUGAUAACCAGUACAUGCACAUUGGCAGUAAUGCAGUCAGAUACACAGAAGGCUCCAGCUUGGAACUCCGUGUUGAUGUUGACAGUAGCCCACUGGCUGACGUCACCCUAUUACGAAACCAGACAACGCUCGCAGACGGUGUGUUUGUCAGUACUGGUAAAUAUGACAUCAAUUUAGACAACCUCCAGUGCAACCAUACGGGAAGGUAUGACGUCAGGGCGGCCAACUUCGUUACUCGGAAUAAAAGUCCCGCCAACGCCUCGAUAAUGCAGUUUGGACUUCAAGUCAGUUUUUUUUUUGUAGGCGCCCCACGAAGAUAUAAUUCUACUAAUAACAUUAUCAAAGUGACAGGGGAAAAGGGUCAGUUGGUCGUACUCAAUGUAACUGUGAUAGCUAACCCAAUGCCCAUGGCUCAAUGGUCUGAUGAAGUGAGAGGACUUGGUGUGGUACAAAACAACGCUAAUAUGUAUACUAUCACGGGGUUGGUCAGGAUCACGACGCAAUCUGAUUUCCAGAUGUACUACCUGAAUGUGACUAAUACUUUACCGGAAGUAUUAACUGUCCUCUUCCAGAUCAACUCUGAAGUCACUCCCCGAAUCACGGAAUUGAGGUAUCUGGACGGUGUUGGUAACCAGUACAUGCAAAUUGGCAGUAAUGAAGUAAGAUACACAGAAGGCUCCAGCUUGGAACUCCGUGUUGAUGUUGUAAGUAGCCCACUGGCUGACGUCACCCUAUUACGAAACCAGACAACGCUCGCAGUUGGCAUACCUGUCAGUACUGGUAAAUAUGACAUCAAUUUAGACAACCUCCAGUGCAAACAUACGGGAAGGUAUGACGUCAGGGCGGCCAACUUCGUUACUCGGAAUAAAAGUACCGCCAAUGCCUCGAGAAUGCAGUUUGGACUGCAAGUCAGUUGCGCCCCACGAAGAUAUAAUUCUUCGAAUAACAUUAUCAAAGUGACAGGGGAAAAGGGUCAGUUUGUUCUACUCAAAGUAACUGUGAUAGCUAACCCAAAGCCCCUGACUCUAUGGUCUGAUGGAGUGAGAGCACUUGAUGUGGUACAAAACAACACUAAUAUGUAUACUGCCAGGGGGUUGUUCAGGAUCCCGAAGAAAGGAAUAACACACAAAUGCAACCUGUUUGUCACUAAUACUUUACCGAACGUAUUAACUGUCAACUUCGAGAUCAACUCUGAAGAUGAUAAUCUGAUUAUCGUCCUUGCGGUAUGCUUUCCAGUUGCUUUCGGGAUGGUUAUAUUUGGACUCGUAGUCGUCCUGAACAGCAAACGGGAGUCUCAACGUCAACAAGAGCAGGAGCAUGAGUAUGCCACCAUUGACGAUGACAUGCAAUCCCAUCACGAGCUUCAAACUCAGAAUGGCAACGAGUGUAUAGAGAUAAAUCGACCCAAAGAUCAAUCUGAUGCCAACCUCAACCAAAACACCCAAGGCAACAUCACCAGUCUUGAACGCCAAAACAGAGUUACCACCCAUGGACAACGUAACAAUGGCGACGAAGAUGGCAACGGGUAUAUAGAGAUAAAUCGACACAGAGGUAAAACCGAUGCUAAACUCGGCCAAAACAUCCAGGGCGACACUACCAACCCCGAACUUCAAAGCAUAGCUACCAUCCAUGGACGACGUAACAAUGGCGACGACGAUGAUAGCGAGUAUAUAAAGAUUAUUCCACACAGAGGUGGUGCUACUCAAAAUGAUGAUAACAACAAGCAAACUUAUUUGGAACCAACUGGAGAUGAAACAACGAGGACAAACUCAUCAGCAAUGACGUGAGGAAAGAGCCUCUUCCCGACGGGAGAAAGGGUGUCAUUUCCAGGACAUAUGAUAUAAUAUAAUUUGUCUUUGUUAACUUCCAACAGACUGCUUCUAACUGAAUCUAAAACGAUAAGGAAUGACAAGGAAAUGUCUAAGCUAAAAUAUCCUUACUCCAGUUAAUGUGUAUGCUAUCUCUGCGCAGUAAAAAUGUCAAUAUCUUGAUUUUUUUCCUAUCCAUUGGUUAGCACAGUUUACCAGAUAUAUUUUGGCUUUGCAGUCAUUUUCCCUAUGUCAUAUAAUGCAUUCUCUUCCUUUUUGUAAAUGCAUGCUUGUGAUUCCUAAAUACUUGUAUGAGAGUUCUUCUUCAUUUAUUACUGUAUCAGAUUUUUCAGAGUUCUCUUCUUUACUUUUACACUUGUAUAGGAGAUGUCGCCCCUACUUAUACGCUUGUAACAUGGAUGCACUGUAUCCCAUUGUAUACGCCUGCAUCACAAGAGAUCACCUUACUUGUUAUAAGAAAUAAGAAAACGAUAAAAUCAUCUGACAGUAAAUAAACAUCAGUCUCAAAGAAAUUACCAUGUUCAUUUGAAUAUAAACAAAAAUGUAAAGGUAGGAUCAACGCCUAUGGAGAUUUAACAUUAGCGUC